AUGGCGCCGAAAGCAAAGAAGGAAGCUCCUGCCCCUCCUGAAGCGGAAGCCAAAGUGAAGGCUUUGAAGGCCAAGAAGGUAGUGUUGAAAGGCGUCCACAGCCACACACAAAAAAAAGAAGAUCCGCACGUGACCCACUUUCCGGUAACACUGCGACUCCGGAGGGAGCCCAAAUAUCCUUGGGAGAGCGUCCCCCGAAGGAACAAGCUUGACCACUGUGCUAUCAUCAAGUUGCCGCUGACCACUGAGUCGGCCGUGAAGAAGACAGAAGACAACAACACGCUUGUGUUCACUGUGGAUGUUAAACCCAACAAGCACCAGAUCAAACAGGCUGUGAAGAAGCUCUAUGACAUGGAUGUGGCCAAGGUCAACUCCCUGAUUCGGGCUGAUGGAGAGAAGAAGGCAUAUAUUUGA